AUGAGGAGGAUGCAAAACACCUGGAGAGCGUGCUGUCGUGCAUAUUCGACCAAGCCUCAAGCUCCGCAAUCAGCCCCAUCUGUACCAACAGCUGCCAAGCAGAACAGAGAUUUGAUACUCAAUGUUUUGAGAGCACUGCCAUCUCAACGUGAAGCACGAGGAUACUUGAAACGAUUCGCACCAGCCUCAGCAGAUCCCGUCACCUCAUCACCAAAGUCUGAAACCAAACCAGUUGGAUAUCGUGGCAUAGCCAAAGAAAUCCUAUCUUCGCAUCCGAUACCAGACUCACGACAACGACAUCUAGCACUUGUUGGUCUCGAAUGUCACAUCCCAGAUGCAGAACUGGCGAAAUUCGCAGCUACAAUGGUGCAUCUACUCAAACUAGGAUUAAUGCCGAUAGUCGUGUUGAUGGCAGACACCAAGAGCGCAACAGUGAAACUAAAGAAACAUCCUAAAAUGGAACGAGACGCCAUGAUUCGUGAAUCUUUCCGUGUUGCGGAUGCUAUUGAAGCUGGACUGGGACGUGCAAUGCCGUUAUAUAAUAGUGUGUUUAGAUUGUUGGAACCAACAACGUCGAGUUUAGUAGAAGAGUCGGCGAUGAUUGAUACUGGGGUUGCCAUAUCGACAAUAAUAGACUCUAAACAGGUGGAUGGGAGAUUAGCUGUAGAUUUAACUGCUAUAAAUAUCGCACUGUCGGUGGCUGGUAUACCUGUAAUUGUUCCCAUGGGCGGUCCAAGUGGAUCUACGACCACGCUGCCAUCGCGACAGUGUCUAGAAGCAUUAUCAUUAGCUUUUGCUGCUGAUACGACAUAUCAAGCACCCGUCAAGCUGGUCUUGGCAAACUCACGAGGUGGUAUCAUGCUACGAGACGGUCAUCCAGUAGGCUUUAUAAAUCUAGCGCACGAGUUUCGUGAAAUAUCUAAUGACGCAGCCGAAGACUCUGAUGUCCAGAAUCUAGACACUGUUAGAUCUAUAUUAAACUCACUGCCGUCAUCGUCGUCAGCAGUGAUUGCAUCUGUAUCAUCAUCAGCAGCCCUAAUCGAGAAUCUCAUCACCGAUAAACCACUAGCACAUGCAGCUCGUGGUCGUGCUCUAUCCAGAAACGCUAUACGGCCACCGACAGUACUUCGACGCGGCUUAGAAGUCGAACUGCAUACCUCGUUAUCCACACUAGAUUUACCUGCACUCUCAUCACUAAUGGAUGCAUCAUUCGGUAAAAAAUUGGAUGCAGACAAGUAUUGGCAUCGGAUUGAGAACAUUGUGGGGACUGUUAUUGUUGCUGGGGAGUAUGAGGGGGCUGCUAUCGUCACUCACGAACAUGACCCUAUAUAUCCAGAUGCACCGUAUAUACCAUAUCUAGAUAAGUUUGCAGUUGCUCCUACAAGCCAGGGAGUUGGUGUCGCUGAUAUUCUUUGGAAGAGCAUGUUGAGGGAAUACAAGGAUUUGAGUUGGAGGUCUCGGGCUGAUAAUCCAGUCAACAAGUGGUACUUUGAGAGAUCAGACGGCAAUCUAAGAGUGCCAGGAGGUCACUGGAUGUUGUUUUGGUAUGGGUCAGAAGGUGUCAGACGCAUCAACUCGUACAAUGCAAUGGCAAGUGCCAUACCAGCCUCCUUCUUCCCAGUGCCGCCUAAACCACCUAAAGACGCGAAACCGAUCUCGUAA